ACCAGGAAGUACCGGUUUCAAAACAAGGACAGCAGCAGCCGCGGUUGCUUCCGACUUGUCAAAACUGACAUGGCGGGGGCGGCGGUGCUGCGGGUUCUCCGGACCCUGCGUCCCCGGACACUGGAUGCGACCGUAGGAAGGUUCCCGGCCCCGGGGGAGUGCGUCCUGACGCCGGCAUCAUGCGUGUUGUACCCGCCGUGGAGGACCUCUACUGUCAGGACGCUGCAGCUGUGCUCCGCCUUAUGUGCCGGACACAACAAGUGGUCGAAGGUGAAACACAUUAAGGGACCUAGAGAUGAGGCGAGGGGCAGGAUGUUCAUGAAGUUUGGUAUGAUGAUAAAGAUAGCUGUGAAAGAAGGUGGCUCCAACCCAGACAUGAAUUUAAACUUAGCCCACAUACUGGAGCAGUGCAGAAACAACAACAUGCCUAAAGCAGCUGUAGAGGCUUCAAUCAAGAGUGCGGAAAAAGCUAAACCAGCUUCCCAGCAUAUGUUUGAAGCUCGGGGGCCCGGUGGGUGUCUGCUGCUCAUUGAGGUCCUGACUGACAACAACACACGGAGCCACCAGGAAAUCAAACGCUUGCUUAACAAGAACAGAGGGAUGCUGUCAGACGGAGCCCGCCACAACUUCAACAGGAGGGGAGUGGUGUUUGUGCCAGGCCAGAACGUCUCGACAGAGAGAGCUCUGGAGCUGGCCAUCGAGGCCGGAGCCGAAGAUGUCCAAGAGACCGAGGAUGAGGAGGAGCGACCCCUCCUGCAGUUUAUCUGUGACAUGGCGGAAGUGAGGAAGGUGCGGGCCUCGUUGGAAGAGCUGGGAAUGCCAAUUGCGUCUGCUGGGUUGGAGUUUGUUCCCCGCGCCCUCUCGUCUUUGGACCAGGACCAGCUGGAUGCUGCUUCAACACUAAUAGAAGCCCUCAAUGAUUGUCCAGAAGUAGUUCGAGUCUGGGACAACAUCCGGGCGGACAGCUGAGCACGCCUCCUGGACACUUGGCGUACACUAAAUAUCUUGCAUGUGGCAUAUUAGAUUUCACAGAAAAAGGAUACAUGUACUACUUGCCAACACCUACUGCUUUUAAUUAUCAGUAUGAUAAUACAAGUGUUUGGCCAUUUCAAUGCUUUCUUUGUGGGACUUGGAAGUGAAAUGUAAUUGUGGUCCUGACAAGGUUCAAAUUCAUGCAUAUUUUCUAUCGUCAGCGUGCACUUACAAGAAGUUAUAUGAUAGCAGGCCUUAAGCAGACAGAAGGUACACUCCUACCACGGCAGGAUUUUAAUUUCAAGAGUGAAGCUUUUUAUUAGCUAAUCACUCAUCGGAUCCUAGAGAAAUGUAAAUGUUCUAUCAAAGUGUAAUUUGACUAUUAUUUUAGGGAGGUUGCAGUGUUUAUAUAUUAACAAAGAUCUAUUUAAAAAAAACAUUCUCUUCUAA